CAUCCAACAUAAUCAGCUUUCGACUUUGCCCCUAUCCAUCCAAUCCCCAGGCAAACGGCUGACUCACCCUCACUCAUCACUGCCCACUACAAAACCAAGACGAUAAAAGUCCCUCUUUUCCACUCCCUCGCUCACUCUGUCCGGCUUCAUCUGCAAGUCGGUAAUGGCUUCCAUCACUUCCACCUGGAAAUCAAAAUCACAAAUGAAUAAAUAGGCCCCUCUCUCUCUGCCCGUCCUACCAGUCACCAAUGGCUGCUCUGGUUCUGCUUCUCUUCUUAUUCUCUCUCGAACUCUCUUCCUGUAGCGCCCAACAAAAGACCUUCAUAUUCCUGGUGGAUGAGCACUCCAAGCCCUCAGUUUUCUCCUCCCACCAGCUCUGGUACACCUCUGCCUUCAUCCACCCUACGCGUAUGGUCCAAGUGUACGAUACCGCAUUCCAUGGCUUCGCGGCACGGCUAGCUGCCGAUGAGGCGGCUGAGAUUGGAGAGCACCCUGCAAUCCUUGUGGUGCUGGAAGACCAGCCCCGCCAACUCCAUACCACUCGCUCCCCACAGUUCUUAGGGCUCAGCAACCGGCGGGGCCUUUGGUCUGACUCCGACUAUGGCUCUGAUGCCAUCAUUGGUGUUCUUGAUACCGGUAUAUGGCCGGAGCGCCGCAGCUUCGCCGACCACAACAUGGGCCCUAUCCCUGCUCGAUGGAAGGGUGAAUGUGAAACCGGCCCUGGCUUUACCACAGCCCACUGUAACCGCAAGCUAAUUGGAGCUCGAUUUUUCGCCAGGGGUUAUGAGGCCACUGCUGGCGCUGUGAACGACACUGCUGAGUUCCGGUCGCCCAGGGACGCCGAUGGACACGGUUCACAUACCGCAUCGACAGCCGCCGGGAGGUAUGUUUUUCAGGCAAAUAUGUCUGGAUAUGCAUCUGGAAUAGCCCGGGGUGUAGCCCCAAAGGGGCGACUGGCGGUCUACAAGGUCUGCUGGAAAGCAGGCUGCUUCGACUCAGACAUCCUUGCCGCCUUCGAUCGAGCAAUUGCAGACGGCGUGGAUGUCAUCUCUGUAUCAAUUGGCGGGGGAUCGGUGCCUUAUUACCUUGACUGCAUCGCUCUCGGAUCCUUUGGGGCCACUGCUAAAGGGGUCUUUGUGGCGUCUUCGGCCGGGAAUGAUGGCCCAACCGGACUUUCAGUCACGAACCUUGCCCCUUGGCUAACAACCGUUGGAGCCGGCAGCAUCGACCGGAAUUUCCCUGCCGAUGUCACCCUCGGCAAUGGUAAGACUCUGCAUGGUGUUUCCCUCUACUCGGGGAGCUCGCUUGCAGGAAAAAUGUACCCCGUGGUCUACCCUGGGAAAGCAGGCGGGCUCUCGACUGCCCUUUGCAUGGACAACUCCUUGAGUCCGGGUGCCGUCAAGGGGAAGAUCGUGGUAUGCGAUAGAGGCAACAAUCCCCGUGUGGCAAAGGGCUUGGUCGUGAAGAACGCUGGCGGAGUAGGGAUGAUCCUUGCCAAUGCCGCUUCCAAUGGUGAGGGCCUCGUCGGUGAUGCCCACCUCCUCCCUGCGUGCACCGUUGGGGCAGAUGAAGGCGAAGCCAUCAAAUCCUACAUAUCAUCCGCCAACAACCCAAUCGCAACCCUUGGCUUCAAGGGCACCGUCCUCGGAGUGAAACCGGCGCCGGUGGUGGCCUCCUUCUCAGCCCGCGGCCCCAACGGCCAGACACCUGAAAUCCUGAAGCCCGACCUCGUUGCCCCAGGCGUCAACAUACUCGCUGCUUGGACCGACGCCGUAGGCCCAACAGGCCUGAGCUCCGACUUCAGGAAGACGGAAUUCAACAUCCUUUCAGGCACAUCCAUGGCCUGUCCCCACGUUGCUGGGGCGGCCGCCCUGCUAAAGGGCGCCCACCCUGGCUGGAGCCCUGCCGCCAUCCGCUCCGCCCUAAUGACCACAGCGACUGUCACCGACAACCGCGGGCAGUCCAUGACCGAUGAGUCCACCCAGAAACCCUCAAACCCCUUCGAUUACGGAGCCGGCCAUGUCGAACUGGACCGGGCCAUGGAUCCCGGCCUCAUAUACGACAUCACCACAGAAGACUAUGUCAACUUCCUAUGCGCCAUCAAAUACAGCCCCAAGGCCAUCCAGGUGAUCACGAGGAAAUCAGUGAGCUGCCCGAGACGAAUAAGCGGGCCCGAGAGCUUGAAUUACCCAUCUAUCAUGGCAUUCAUGGAGGGGAACAGGUCGGGUUACCUCAGAAAAGUGUUUCUGAGGACGGCAACAAACGUCGGUGCCACAGUGUCGACGUACAGAGUGAGCGUUACGAUGCCGGCGAAGGGCAUCGCCGUGUCGGUGAAACCGUCGACUCUCGUUUUCACGGGACUGGGGCAGAAGCAGAGCUACGCCGUGACAGUGGUGGCCGACCGCCGGAGCUUCAUGUCGGGCGGGGGAGGCUCAGCAUUCGGGUACAUGGUGUGGUCUGACGGCAAGCAUGAGGUUCGGAGCCCCAUCGUGGUGGCUCUAACUCAGAGCGUCGGCGACUGAGUCACUCUUCUCUCUCUCUAAGAUUUCUUCUUCUUCUUCUUCUUCUUCUCUCUCUGUCCCUGGCGACUGAACCAUUUGUCUAUCUCUCGCUGUAACUGUAAGCCCCGGGCUCGCACGUGACCCUGCAAGGUUCAGUCCCACCCAACAGUAACAGUCCUCCUUUUUCUUUAUUUACUAUUGAUUUGUUGUGUUGCGAUUUACACGUGUGCGCCAGGCACGAUUUACGUUGCGUAAAGAGUUACGUGUGAGGCUUCCCCCGAUAUUAAAAAAAAUAACCAGAGGAGAAGACAACAAAGCAACGGUAAGUAUUUGUCUGUAAACGUGUUUUUAGGCCUUCAGCAGCUCAGCUAUGAGCGAGCUCUAACAUGAAUACAAAAUGUAAUGAAAUAUUAUUACUAUUUGGAAUAUCGAGGUUCUUGUUUUCUCA